UCAGCACGGGACCUGAGACUUGCAAAAAAUGAAGCUGGCGACAGGACUGUGGGUCUGGGUGAGCCUUCUCCUGGCGGCGGGGACCGUCCGGCACGGCGCUUCUCAGUCAGUGUGUGCAGGAACGGAAAAUAAACUGAGCUCUCUCUCAGACUUGGAACAGCAGUACCGAGCCUUACGCAAAUACUAUGAGAACUGUGAGGUAGUGAUGGGCAACCUGGAGAUUACCAGCAUUGAGCAUAACCGGGACCUGACCUUCCUAAGGUCUAUUCGAGAAGUCACCGGCUAUGUCUUAGUAGCUCUUAACCAGUUCCGCUACCUGCCUCUGGAGAAUCUACGCAUUAUUCGUGGGACAAAGCUCUAUGAGGAUCGAUAUGCGUUGGCAGUAUUUCUAAACUACAGGAAAGAUGGAAACUUUGGGCUUCAGCAACUUGGAUUAAAGAACUUGACAGAAAUCUUAAAUGGUGGAGUCUACGUGGACCAGAACAAGUUCCUUUGUUAUGCAGACACAAUUCAUUGGCAAGAUAUUGUUCGGAAUCCAUGGCCUUCCAACUUGACUUUGGUGUCAACAAAUGGUAGCUCAGGAUGUGGGCGUUGUCAUAAAUCCUGUACUGGCCGAUGCUGGGGACCCACAGAACAUCACUGCCAGACUUUGACAAGGACAGUGUGUGCAGAACAAUGCGACGGCAGGUGCUAUGGACCCUAUGUCAGUGACUGCUGCCAUCGAGAGUGUGCUGGAGGCUGUUCAGGACCUAAGGACACGGAUUGCUUUGCCUGCAUGAAUUUUAAUGACAGUGGAGCAUGUGUUACUCAGUGUCCCCAAACCUUUGUCUACAAUCCAACCACUUUUCAGUUGGAGCAUAACUUCAAUGCAAAGUAUACCUACGGAGCAUUCUGUGUCAAGAAAUGCCCACAUAAUUUUGUCGUAGAUUCCAGUUCUUGUGUACGUGCCUGUCCCAGUUCCAAGAUGGAAGUAGAAGAAAAUGGUAUUAAAAUGUGCAAACCUUGUACUGACAUUUGCCCAAAAGCUUGUGAUGGUAUUGGCACAGGAUCACUGAUGUCAGCCCAGACUGUGGAUGCCAGCAACAUUGACAAAUUCAUAAACUGCACGAAGAUCAAUGGGAAUUUGAUCUUCCUUGUCACUGGUAUUCACGGGGAUCCUUACAAUGCAAUUGAAGCUAUAGACCCAGAGAAACUGAAUGUCUUCCGGACUGUCAGAGAAAUAACAGGCUUCUUGAACAUACAAUCAUGGCCACCAAACAUGACCGACUUCAGUGUUUUCUCCAACUUGGUCACCAUUGGUGGAAGAGUGCUCUACAGUGGCCUCUCCCUGCUUAUUCUCAAGCAACAGGGCAUCACCUCUCUACAGUUUCAGUCUCUGAAGGAAAUCAGUGCUGGAAACAUCUAUAUCACUGACAACAGCAACCUCUGUUACUAUCAUACCAUUAAUUGGACAACCCUUUUCAGCACAAUCAACCAACGCAUAGUGAUCCGCGACAACAGGAAAGCUGAAAAUUGUACUGCUGAAGGGAUGGUGUGCAACCAUCUGUGUUCAAAUGAUGGCUGCUGGGGACCUGGACCAGACCAGUGCUUGUCAUGCCGCCGCUUCAGCCGAGGAAAGGUCUGCAUUGAGUCCUGCAACCUCUAUGAUGGUGAAUUUCGGGAGUUUGAGAAUGGCUCCAUCUGCGUGGAGUGUGACCCCCAAUGUGAGAAGAUGGAAGAUGGCCUCCUUACAUGCCAUGGACCGGGACCUGAUAACUGUACAAAAUGCUCUCAUUUUAAGGAUGGCCCGAACUGUGUGGAAAAAUGUCCAGAUGGCUUACAAGGGACAAACAGUUUCAUUUUCAAGUAUGCUGAUCAGGAUCGGGAGUGCCACCCCUGCCACCCCAACUGCACCCAAGGGUGUAACGGUCCCACUAUUCAUGAAUGCAUUUACUACCCAUGGACGGGCCAUUCCACUUUACCACAACAUGCUAGAACUCCCCUGAUUGCAGCCGGAGUCAUUGGUGGGCUUUUUAUCCUGGUCAUCCUGGCUCUGACGUUUGCAGUUUACGUUAGACGGAAAAGCAUCAAAAAGAAAAGAGCCUUGAGAAGAUUCCUGGAAACAGAGCUGGUGGAGCCCUUGACGCCCAGCGGCACGGCACCUAAUCAAGCGCAGCUUCGCAUUUUGAAAGAGACUGAGCUCAAGAGGGUCAAAGUCCUUGGCUCCGGCGCUUUUGGAACAGUUUAUAAAGGCAUUUGGGUACCUGAAGGAGAAACAGUGAAGAUUCCUGUGGCUAUUAAGAUUCUUAACGAGACAACUGGUCCCAAGGCCAAUGUGGAGUUCAUGGAUGAAGCUCUGAUAAUGGCGAGCAUGGAUCAUCCACACCUAGUCCGUUUAUUAGGUGUGUGUCUGAGCCCAACGAUUCAGUUGGUUACCCAGCUUAUGCCCCAUGGCUGCCUUUUGGAUUAUGUCCAUGAACACAAGGAUAACAUUGGUUCACAACUGCUGCUUAACUGGUGUGUCCAGAUAGCUAAGGGAAUGAUGUACCUGGAAGAACGACGACUUGUUCAUCGAGAUUUGGCAGCCCGAAAUGUCUUAGUGAAAUCUCCAAACCACGUGAAAAUCACAGAUUUUGGACUGGCCAGACUCCUGGAAGGAGAUGAAAAAGAGUAUAAUGCUGAUGGAGGAAAGAUGCCAAUCAAAUGGAUGGCUUUGGAGUGUAUACAUUAUAGGAAAUUCACACACCAGAGUGAUGUUUGGAGCUAUGGAGUAACUAUAUGGGAACUGAUGACCUUUGGAGGAAAACCUUACGAUGGAAUUCCAACCCGCGAGAUUCCUGACUUGUUAGAGAAGGGGGAACGUUUGCCCCAGCCUCCCAUCUGCACUAUUGACGUCUACAUGGUCAUGGUCAAAUGCUGGAUGAUUGAUGCUGACAGCAGACCGAAAUUCAAGGAACUGGCUGCUGAAUUCUCAAGGAUGGCCCGAGACCCUCAGCGAUACUUAGUUAUACAGGGCGAUGAUCGCAUGAAGCUUCCCAGUCCCAAUGACAGCAAGUUCUUUCAGAACCUCCUGGAUGAAGAAGACCUAGAAGAUAUGAUGGAUGCUGAGGAAUAUCUGGUCCCUCAGGCUUUUAACAUCCCACCUCCCAUCUAUACUUCCAGAGCAAGAAUUGACUCAAAUAGGAGUGAAAUUGGACACAGCCCUCCUCCUGCCUACACCCCUAUGUCAGGAAACCAGUUUGUGUACCGAGAUGGGGGGUUCGCUGCGGAACCAGGUGUGUCCGUGCCCUACAGAGCCACGACUAGUACGAUCCCCGAAGCUCCCGUUGCUCAGGGUGCCACAGCUGAGAUUUUCGAUGACUCCUGUUGUAAUGGCACCCUGCGAAAGCCAGUGGCACCCCAUCUUCAAGAGGACAGCAGCACCCAGAGGUACAGCGCAGACCCCACGGUGUUUGCCCCGGAAAGGAGCCCACGAGGAGAACUGGAUGAAGAAGGCUACAUGACGCCUAUGCGAGACAAACCCAAACAAGAAUAUCUGAAUCCUGUGGAAGAGAAUCCCUUUGUUUCUCGAAGGAAAAAUGGAGAUCUUCAAGCCUUGGAUAACCCUGAGUAUCACAAGGCUUCCAGUGGUCCACCCAAGGCAGAGGAUGAGUAUGUGAAUGAGCCACUGUACCUCAACACGUUUGCCAAUGCCUUGGGGAACGCUGAGUACCUGAAGAACAAUGUACUGUCUGUGCCCGAGAAAGCCAAGAAAGCAUUUGACAACCCUGACUACUGGAACCACAGCCUGCCACCUCGAAGCACCCUUCAGCAUCCAGACUACCUGCAGGAGUACAGCACAAAAUAUUUUUAUAAACAGAAUGGACGGAUCCGGCCUAUUGUGGCAGAGAAUCCCGAAUACCUCUCUGAGUUCUCCCUGAAGCCAGGCACUGUGCUGCCUCCUCCACCCUACAGACACCGGAAUACUGUGGUAUAAGCUCAGCUGUGGUUUGAACGCAGAAAGACAAGCCCACUCCAGUUUCCAUACUCC